GCCCCCAAAGUUGCAAAAGUCGUUCCUCGGAUCGCUUGAGUGAAAUUUGUGUCGGAACAAAAACAUCGCUUCCACUUUAUUGUUGCUGCUACCGCUUCCGAUUAUAAUCGAGGCCGCAUCUGGGCAGCCACCAGGCGCGCUGAUGUAGCAGCCGGGGCGACAAGACAGGAUCCAGUAGCAGUACAAGCUCCGUGAAGACGCCCACCCACCACCCACCCACCACCACGCACGCGGAGCGGGCGAUGGCUGCGUCUGACGAUUUGCGGCAGCGGAGGAAGGGAACAACAGCGGCAGACUGCCCCGGCCGGGGGGGCACCGCGGGGGGCUCCGUGGGGGGUUCCGUGGGGGGCUCCGUGGGGGGCUCCGUGGGGGGCACACUGGGGGUCCAGGCGUCCCAUCGGAGGGUGGCCCUGGCCGUCACGAGCCUCGCCGCGAGUCUGAUCUUGGCUGGGUGGCUGGGCGUUCAGAUCGGGCAACUCUCGGAGCUGGAGACACGGGGGCCUGGCGUGCGGGACUUGGAGGAGCUGAGGGCCCGGAUCGAAAGCCUUCAGGCUGUGAUUAGAGACCAACAAAAGCAGGUGACAGCUUUAGAAGGCGUCGGAGAUUCCAUUGAUGCCGGCGAUGCGGGUACUGGGAGACGAGGUGGCCCAGGAAUUGAGGAGGAGGGGGAUGAUCGAGAAAGAAAGGGGGUGAAGGGAGAGGAGGAGGAGGGGGAGCACCCAGCGAGGAGCGGGCAGCGACCGGGAGCGGCGAGCGACCUGGGACAGGAGGCGUUGCGAGUGGCGCGAGAACUCUCCAAGCAGCUCACGGCGAUCAAGACCGACAUGCGACGCAUCACAGGCCUGCAGGAGGAGGUGAGCGGCCUGCGCCAGGGCCUCUCCUCGCUGGGGGAGCGCGCCGACGCGCUCGACGCCGAGACGGCGCGCCGCCUCGGCGCCGCCAUCGCCGCCAACGUCGAGUCCCUGGGGGAGCUCCGCCUGGCGGGCGAGCGGGCCGAGCGGCGCUCCGACUCGCUGGCCGCCGACGUGCUGGCGCUGCGGGCCUCGCAGGGCGCCGCCGCCGAGCGGCUGGGCGCACUGGCGGCCGGGCGCGCCGCGCUGCUGCGCGCCGCCGCGGGGGCCUCAGGCGCGGCCCACCGCCUGGAGGCGCUGCGGGGGGACGCGGCCGCCGCCGAGAGGUUCGUCGACGAGCUGACGGUGCGCGUGGGCGUGCUGGCGGGGCACGUGGGAGACCUGGCGGGCCGCGUGGGCGACUUGGAGGGGCACGUCACGCAGCCCGACGAGCUGGCGGGGGAUGUGGGUGACCUGGAGGGGCACGUGGGCGACUUGGAGGGGCACGUGGGCGUGCUGGCGGGCCGCGUGGGCGACUUGGAGGGGCACGUCACACAGCCCGACGAGCUGGCGGGGGAUGUGGGUGACCUGGAGGGGCACGUGGGCGACUUGGAGGGGCACGUGGGCGACUUGGAGGGGCACGUGGGCGACUUGGAGGGGCACGUGGGUGACCUGGAGGGCCGCGCCACGCAGGCCGACGAGCUGGUGGGGCAGGUCGCGCGCAGGGUCGCGGCAGUCGUCUCGCGCGCGUUUUAA